CUCCUCUUUCCCGUUUCCAAACUGAGUCUUCCACAUUAAACAGCGCAGCCGGUGGGAAGCUGCAGCUCUCACUGAUUAACAACUACUUAGACUGAAUGUUGUUGUUUUUAAAACAGAAAACCUAAACUUAUCCCGGAAGUGCGCGGGUGAAACGCGAGCUUGAGUUUGUUUUGAAGUGUAGUAGUCCAGCGUUGGAUUGGAUGUUGUCGCUCCGAGGCUGCUGUUGGCGCUGAUGAUGUCCGCAUUGUUUAUAAACAAUCCAGGCUAGCUUUUUAGCCGUGUUUGUCCGCAGGGAUGUGCACCUUUUUUACUGUUUGGUUAGUUAGUAGAUAGGGAGUGAGGUCGUGUUCAGACAGUGAAAGAAGGCAUGAAGACAUCAUCUUAGUCAUAAGUCAUGGCCGAUAAAAGGAAACUUCAAGCGGAAAUAGAUCGAUGUCUGAAAAAAGUAGCGGAGGGAGUGGAGCAGUUUGAAGAUAUUUGGCAAAAGCUUCAUAAUGCAGCCAAUGCAAACCAGAAGGAGAAAUAUGAAGCAGACCUCAAGAAAGAGAUUAAAAAGCUCCAGCGCCUACGAGACCAGAUUAAGACGUGGGUGGCAUCCAACGAGAUCAAAGACAAAAGGCAGCUAAUAGAGAACCGCAAACUCAUAGAAACGCAAAUGGAGCGCUUUAAAAUAGUUGAAAGAGAAACCAAGACAAAAGCGUACUCUAAAGAAGGACUUGGCCUCAUCCAGAAAGUGGACCCGGCGCAGAAGGAGAAAGAAGAGGUCGGCACGUGGCUAACGAACACGAUAGACACGUUGAACAUGCAGGUGGACCAGUUUGAGAGCGAAGUGGAGUCUCUUUCAGUCCAGACGAGAAAAAAGAAAGGAGACAAGGAGAAGCAGGACCGGAUCGAGGAACUAAAAAAGUUUAUUGAGAAACAUCGGUACCACAUCCGAAUGCUGGAGACAAUACUGAGAAUGCUGGACAAUGACUCGCUGCAGGUCGACUCCAUCAGGAAGAUCAAGGAUGAUGUUGAGUACUACAUAGACUCAUCGCAAGAUCCAGACUUUGAGGAGAAUGAUUAUAUAUACGACGACCUCGACCUGGAUGAAUUUCCUCAACAACUGCUCGCCACCUCCCCACCAGGACCCUCGCACUUGGAUGACGAGAUCUUCCAGAACUCCAGCAGCACACCGACCUCCACCACUUCUUCCUCGCCAAUCCCUCCUUCACCUGCCACUUGCACUACAGAGAACUCAGAAGAUGACAAGAAGAGGGGACGUUCGACAGACAGUGAAGUCAGUCAGUCUCCAGUGAAGAAUGGGAAUCCCUCCUCGUCAUUAUCUUCUUCCUCCUCUUCUUCCUCUUCGUCUUCUUCCGCCUCGGGGCUCACCUCAUCCUCGCUGGUCUCUGUUGUGGGUGGAGGUAUUGGCAGCUCUGGAGGCAGUCAUCAUAGCACUGUGGGGGGUCCUUUCUCCAACACUUCAGCUGGCAGCUACAGCAACGCCACGCAGCAGCCACCUCACCCUUCGGUGCAGCAGCAGCAGGCCAAAAACUCGGCGAGCUCUUCAGCUCCCAUCUCCAUCUCCAGCACCUCCACCAACAGCUUUAGCGCCUCCUUGGCGUCCUCACCACCCAGCACACAGGGGCUCCUCACUUCAAACUCCCAGCCCCAGUCGCAGUCUGGUUUUACGGCAGUCUCCAACAGCCUUGACCUCAGUUUGGGGCCCUCUCUGGGCAAAGGCUCCAUCUCCACCAGCUCCGGCCUGUCAGGGAUGCCGGCAUCCCUGAGUACCAUGGUGGGCCUUCUAUCAAGCUCCACACCAGCUCCCUACGCUCAGGCGGCUGCCUCGGGCACAGGCAGCUCAGGCUUACCGGGCUCUCUCGGCGGCGUCAACACCACAACGACCAGCAGUGGGGGAGCGGGCACCAUUGGUAGCAGCAGCAUCGCAGUCGGCGGGCCGACAUCCUCACUAGGAGGCAUGCUUGGCACAUCCCCUGUAUUGGGCAGUGUCGGAUCUGGGAUUCUGGGUUUGGGUUCAGGUCAAUCAGGGGUGCAGGGGUCUUCCUUAGGGUCUCAGAGCCCCGUUGGAAGCUUGGCUCUUGGAAGCGGAAUAGGAGUUAUCGGAAGCAAUGGAGGCAGCUCAGGAUCAGGAGGAAGUGGAGUUGGAGGAGGAAGCUCAUCCCUGUCCAUUCGACCGCCGAGCCAACAGAAGCAGAAUGGUAGCACCAGUCACAGUGCCCUGGUAGCAGAUAGCACAACAGACUCUGCCCUCAACAGUGCCACCCAAUCCCAAAGCAGCCAAUCCUCAACUUUGACCUCCACAGCCAAUCAGCUUAAGGAAACUGGUCCCAGUUUUCUUGGCCCCAUGGGUUUGUCGUCCACCUCCCCGUCCCCGGCUUCAUACAGUGAGGCUAAAACAACGAGCGGUGGAAGCCUUCAGAACGGGCCGCUGUCCUACUCCCAGUCAUCCGAAAGCAUCAAGCCCCAGGAGCCUCUGAGCAGGUCCAUGGCCGAGCGAGCAGCGCCCAGCUCAGGGACUGAGGGAGAUGUGUCCUCCCUGCACCUCACUUCAGACAUCUUCCCAAGCAGCACUACGGCCCCGUCGGGGCCCCCGUCAGCACCUCAGUCCUCCCUGUCAGAAGUCAGCAUCCUCCCGUCACUGGGUGUCUGUCCACUGGGGCCGGUUCCCCUUUCCAAAGACCAGCUCUACAAACAGGCCAUGCAGGAGGCGGCGUGGACGCACAUGCCCCACCCGUCUGACUCGGAGAGAAUCAGGCAGUACCUCAUGAGGAACCCCUGCCCCACCCAAUCUUUCCACCACCAGAUGCCACCACCUCAUUCCGACACUGUAGAGUUUUACCAGAGGCUUUCCACGGAAACGUUGUUCUUCAUCUUUUACUACCUAGAGGGCACUAAGGCCCAGUAUCUGGCAGCCAAGGCCCUGAAGAAGCAGUCGUGGAGGUUCCACACAAAGUACAUGAUGUGGUUUCAGAGGCACGAAGAGCCCAAGACCAUCACUGAUGAGUAUGAGCAGGGAACAUACAUUUAUUUCGACUAUGAGAAGUGGGGCCAGCGGAAAAAAGAGGGCUUCACAUUUGAGUACCGGUACCUAGAGGACCGAGACCUCCAGUGACGUGCACAGACACCGACGAAGGGACAGACAACCAAACGAAUGAAGAUCUGCCUGCUGACAUUCCUGGAUUUGACCAGGGCUCUCUGGGGGAAAGGAUACCGGAGGGUCAGAGUAGGGGUGAGGAAGGGGGGAUGGCCAGGUUUGCAAGCGCACAUUUGAAACCCCCUUCCUUCCACCUGACCCUCCAACCCUGCCUUACCAUCCUCACACUGAUCGUGACAAUUCCUCCCACCCUGUCAUCUCCUUCCCUCCAUCCCCCCCCACCCCUCCUCAUAGUUUUAUUUGCAUCCUUUAUCAGCAACCAGGCAUGAAAAGUCUUGGUAAUUAGAGAAUUAUUUCUUCCUCUUAUGCUGGCUUUACAUUUUUUCAGUCCCAUGAGGACCAAAAAGAUUUGGUGAAUCACCCACAGAACAGGCUAAAUACCCUUUAAAAACAAGCCGGGAAGUCACCUACAUGUGCUGCAACAGAUUUCUGGCCUGCAGUUACACAGCAGGGUGAGAAUGUUGAACGUAUCGCAACAAGAAACUGUUUCUGCCUCUUUUUCCACAAAAAUUUUGAUUUUGGGUCAUUAAAAAAAAAAAAAAAACUCCUUACCCUCACUGUUAGAUGAUUGCAGAGGUUCAUACUUCUUUCAUUUGUACUGAAAAUGUUAGAUUUUGUCAUUCCACCCUGCUGCUCCUUCGAGUGUUUCUCGCUUCAACAACCUGCCUUCACCUUUCCGUUAACAUCCGACGUGGGUAACUGUUUGUCGUAGGUGGCACCACAGGCCUCGCUCAACUCUGUUGUGUUGCUUUUAAAAGCCCAAAGAGCAUUUUUGUUAAGGUCCAAAUUUAUCCUGCCCAGCUUUACUUUUCCGUCAGGCCUGUGGUGGAGGAGGGUGACAAACAGCCAGAGAGGCGCUGGUAGUAGCCGACUCUUACCUGGUGGGCAGCGUUAUGUCACACUCAGCAAACGGUUUUACAGAAAUAGAAUCUAACUUCAGGUCGCUUUCCUCUGGCGGUAUCUGUUUAUCUAGACAGUUCUUCACACCAACAUGGAGGAGGUGAAUCAAAACGGAGAGAAAAUAUUGUCCUUGAUACACUUGUUUCAUUGUCUAUAACCUUAAAAGCAAACAAAUCCUGACAAAAACAUUCAGAAAGGAGUAUGUUGGUGUACAGAUGUGGAUUUCAUUCACCUUCACUGUGGUGGCUGUAGGCAGAGGCAGAGAGAUCUGCCUGCUGCAACUAAAUAAAGCAUCGGCAAAAACACAGUGCAAAACAAUUACAGAAACGUUUUUCAUCAGAUCUAAAAAGGUCCUUCAAAUACAACAGAACUGAAUAGUUUCCCAUCUUCAAAAUCUCACAAUUAAUGCAGAUAAAAUGAAAUGUAAAUGAUCCAGGAACACAAACUAAUGGACCAGAGCUGCCAAGGCAAAUUUUUACCUUCCAAAACGUUUGAUAAUGAGACAUAAACUAAGAUGUAAGCUUUUUUUACACAUCUGAAGAAGUAAGAGUCUCAGGUCACUUCUCUGCUCUUUGUCUUUUGCAGCUUUUUAUUAACUUGUAUUUGUUGUGAGAUUUUAAGGUGCAGUCCUUCACUUUUGUUGUAUUUACAGUGCACUUCUUUAUCUGUAUUUGCCAUAAAUCUGCAGCUCAUUUGAAGGUUUAAAAGCAUUAGAGUAGCAGUUGCAGCAUAUUUUUCAGGUUGCUGCACGCUGAGCUCUGUAGUUCACCUUAAAGGUUUCAGGAGGACAUAUUCUACUAAACCAGCAGUUUAGGUGAUCAACAGCAGCAUAUCCUGGAUUUUCUGGUGAAGUCAAAAUCUUCAGUAUUUUGUAAUGAGUCCUAAUUGGGAAAUUUGUGAGUGAAGAGCCAAACCAGACCUUUCAUCUUCGCAGAAACAUUCGUGUGAUUGUUUUCUGCUUCCUGAUGAUUUAAAACGGCAAAAACUAAAACUGUAAGCUUGAUUAGAUUCAGCCAGAGUCAGAUUAAAAGAGGUGAUGCUUCAACAUAAAAAGCUCCAGGUGCAAUGAGUGUUGCAGGUGUUGGAUGCUACCAGCAGCCAGAUUUGUUAUGCUCAUACAAGCUCAGCUUCCUUCUUUCCUUCAUCCUCCUCCUCCUCUCUGUGCCAAGGAGCACAAACACCAGCACUGCGGCCCACUCCUCCUCUGUCCUGCAGGUCUCUGCUUCAUGUUUACACUCUGAUCGAUCUAAUUAAAUUCCCAGUUAACUCACACAGACAUGAUACAUCCCAUGUACCAUCCUAGACACACUGACCACAGGCUCGUUUUGUCAGGUCCACAUAAUUCCCUCUUCUUUCCUUCUCUCUGUCAGACUGCUCUCCUCCUCCUCCUUUUCUUCAUGCCAGGUAGAUAUUUCCUUUAUUUCUCAGGAAGUAUUCAAUUGACCAUUUUAUGAGGAAAUGUUUCAGCCAGCACAACAAGCGAGCAACCUUUCAGCAGCAAUUCGUACUUUUAAUUUUGGCCUCAUGUGAGAAGUGUUUGCCUGUAUUCGUACUCGACAGCGGCCCUUUUCAUUUCACAAAAUUUUUUAUUUAUUUUUUUUUUUAUAUAUAAAAUGAAAAAUAAAUAUUCUCCAAUGUUUGGAGCAGCUGCUGAAAGAGAAACCAUCUUUAUAUUUUGUAUUUGUUGUGGAAGAUUGUAUAUUACUUUUUUUUGGGUUUUUUUUCCAGAAGUGAGGAAAUCAUUUUAAAAAAACGAGAGAACAGAGAUCCGCGUUCUUUUUAAAGAUCAGUUACUUCUCCACAGGAGUUUGGGUUGUUUUUAAAGCCAACCACAAAGUCGAGACGCAAAACCCAACAUGUAUUCACUUGACUGACAGUCCUGCUUUUAGCCCUUUUUGUUUACUGAUUUUUGACAAGUGGACGGGACGAGAUGUCGAGCUCAAAUGUGAAUCUCUUUCUGCUCCUUGUCAAAAGUGUUGAACAGACUCUCAUUCUUUAAACCUCUUCUUUUUGUUUCGUUCAUUUAUUUUCUGUUUGUUGUUGUUGUUGUUGUCGUCAGACAGCAUGGAAUUAUGACACUUGCAAAGUGGCGCUGAAAAAAAUUAAAUAACAUAACCAUGAUAAAAGGAUUGUAAAAUAUUAAUAAAGAGUUACUUUUCAGAAA